UUUCUCGCCGCCUUGGGCUGCAGACCAAUCAACGAGGCCGAUCUGCACGGAAAACGAGGAUUUUGCCAUACCGAUGGAAGUAACAGAGAAAGAAUCCUUUUCCCUCUCUUUCUCCUGGCUCUCCCGCGCCGCUUUCCUCUCCACCUCUUCUUCUUUACUUCCUCACUCUCCACUGCCCACUCAAUCACUGCCCGCUACGCUACCCACUGCCCACUGCCCACUGCCCACUGCCCACUGCCCACUUGCCCACCCACUCUCUCGCGCGCGCGCGUCUUGUGCUGCUGGAAAGUUGUUGCUUCGUUAUCGCUCUAGUACUCCGUACUCCAUCCACCUUUUGCUGCCUGGCUACUCCUUUCCUAUACAGUUCGUUGGGUUCCAUCUAUAUCUUCUUCGUCUGUAUCCAUUCGACUUCGUUUGGGCGAAGAACAUCCAAAAAUCGGUCAUCAUUUGUCUAGCUGGAGCACAGUUCCUAGAAAGAUAGAUCCCCUUGAUUGCCGACCAACAAUUGUUUUCUUCUUGCUUCUCUUCUUUUGAGUUACUGCGUGCGCGCACUCGACUUCCCCUCUUCUACCCUCCCCUCCAUCAUUUUCCUUCUUAAUUAUUUUUUUUCUCCUCUCACACUCCUCCCACCCUUCUCUCUCUCUCUCUCAUCACCAUCCAGUUAAUAUCAGAGAAAACAAAAGCUUUUCACCCUCCCUUUAUUC